AAAAGUUAUCUUACCUUCCAGAAAGCAAAUAUCCAAGCUAUUUUUAAAAAAAUUGGACAAAUUAAUCAAACCUUAUUGGACAAUGAAAAAACUCAGAAUAUUGCACUGUCAUCCGAUGAAAUUUCGAAUUUGGAAAAAUUGGCUCAAUUUUUGCAAAGCCCUUCAGCUUCAGUAAUCGAACAUCAAAGCGAAUUUGACAUAAUUCGGAUUGACUUACUGCGUCUCCAAAUACUUCACACCUCAAUCCCUUCCAAAUACGUUGAUAAUGAUGGAAGUAUUCUAGAUUUGAUCACUAGGUCAACUGGUAUUAAAACCUGGCCUAAAGACAGCAUACCUAAUAAAGGACAAGAAACAAAUGUUAUGUUAGGUUUGAGGGCAUUAUCAAAUUUAUUUGAUAAUAAAGAAGGAAGGGAUAUUUUAGGACGUGAGGCUUCUAAGGUUUUGGAAUUAUUAUCAUCAUCCACAUGGAACAAAAGUUCCAAUAAAAAUAAUCGUAUUGCUCGGGUGACUGUGUAUCUCAAUUUUGCUGUUUUAAAUCAGACGAGUCCAGAUGAUAAUAAUAUUCUUCAAAUGAUGGAAAUAUUGGUGGAGCUUCUCAAGUCAGAAACUGAUUCUGAAGUUAUAUAUAGAGCUCUCGUAACUUUGGGAACAUUGAUUAAUCAAAAUCAAGUUGCUAAAGAUGCUGCUGCGGCUUUUGAUGUGAAACUUGCUGUAGAAGUAGUAUCCACAAAAGUAAAAGAAGAUAGAAUUAGUCGGGUUAUUGAUGAGAUAGAAUUUUAG